UUGAGGCAAGAAUUCAAGUGCAUCUGGGUUUAAAGUGGCUGUUUGGGGUACAGGGUUCUCUGCCUGCACUGAGCCUUCCUCAUCAUGUUCUUGGGGGGUCUCCACAGCUUGGGACAGUGAGGCCUCGGGAAUGCUCAGUGUGGGGUCUUCCCCUUCACCAUCUCUUUGCGUGACAACAAAAGGAUCCAUUAGGGUCAGGUCAUUCCCAACUGGAUGUUCACCAAACCCUAUUUCAUCCUCACUCUCCGAGGAGCUGGGUGGGAUCAGCGUACACCAAAACAGGUGCUUGCGUGAGCUGUUGAAUGAUUUUAUGGAAAGCUUCUUCACACUCAGCAGUCCACCGUUUUCCAAAAGGUGCACCCACAUUGAAGUAUUUAUGGCGAGGCAAUAGAAAAUCAGCUAAAGAUAUGUGGCUUUAAGAGGGACAUGGAUGUCUCAGUGUUGUACCUUGCUGGACAGGGACUAAAAGAAGUCCCUAAUCUGUCACGAUUUCAGAUCUUAAGGUAUUUGUGGCUUAACAACAAUAAGAUCCAGAAGCUAACAUUCUUGAUCAAUAAUUAUCGCUUGACAGAACUCUACCUCAACAAUAAUGAGCUCAUAGAUAUAGCAGGUGCUCUGAAACAUUUGCAUGCAUUGCAGAUCUUGCUGCUUCACAACAACCAGCUGAAAAACCUUGACACAACAGUGAAGGAAUUAAAGGGAAUGAUAAGUCUGCAGACCCUCAAUCUAUUUCACAACCCUCUGUCACAAGAUCCAGGGUACCGUCUUUAUGUGACAUACUUCCUUCCCUCAGUACAGCUCCUCGACAGGAAGAAAGUUACUCAAAAAGAAAGGGAAUCAGCUUUACAUAUUUACAACCAUGAAAGGUCCCGUGUUCUCCAGUCUAUAGGUUUUGGAAAGAGAAUAGAUAUGCCAAUGGUGGCUAAGACAGUAUCUACCAGAACCACUCCACGUGCCAAAAGUUUGCUGCUGUCUCCAGGUUAUGAAGUUGCAAAUCACAUAAAUAAAGUUCCAUUUGAGAACCCUGAAGAUGCUGUUUUUGUGAGGGCAAUGAAGAGAUCUAUAAUGGAAUUUUCCUCUGUGGAUUGGAAUAAAAUACCUACCUGUCUAGGAAUACGCCUUGAAAACAAACCAGAAGAACCCCAUGAGAAACUGACAGUCAAAUUCAGAUAACUGUUUGGUUCCUUAAGAAAAUAUGUACCUACAUGUUGGAUAUUAAACUUUUGUUGUAAGUUAAUAUCCAUAAGACAUGUAUGCUAUAACUUAUACUUGAUUAAAAACUUUCAGCAGGAAAAUUUUAAAUUCAUUUCCUUUAAUCCCAACUGUGGGGAUUCAAGGAUUAAAGUUAGAAAAUGCUGGUCACAGAUUUGCUGUAACUUUAUCAUAAUGUUGCCACUAAUUGAAUUUUCAUGAGUACCAUACUGUCUGUUGUGACAAAUUAACAAAGCACACUUGUACAUUAAUUUUUAGGACACUAAGGAUGAAUAUAUUCAUCUUUGAUAGUCUUUGCUGGUGGCCUCCUCUUUUCUAACUUAAUCAGGUUUCUCUUACCCCCUUAGUUUCUAACACUUCCAGGUCAGAUUAAGGCUUCAUGUGGCCUCUCUCUUUCCCAAAUGAAGUUACUGCAAGGUUCUCUGUGUAUAAGGUUGUUAUAUAGUCCUUAUCGCGGUUAUCUUAAUUUUUUCCCCUUU